CUCCAAACACAAAGGAACUUUCCGCCGGGUAAACCACAAGGAGAAGAUUGAAAGUUUAAGCGGUGAUGGCGAAAGUCUCUCUUUUUUUCCUUUUCUUCGUUGUAUCCAAAGGUGAGACAUCCGUGGUUCAAACACAGCAGACUGUGACGGCAGCAGCUGGAGGAGAAGCUCAUCUCAGCUGUCGACUCACUCAACCUAAAGACGUCUUCCAAGUCACGUGGCAGAAAAUUGUAUCAGGAUCAGAGGAAAACAUAGGAUCUUACAGCGAGCUGUAUGGAGAACGAGUGGUUCCUAGAUUCAAAGAAAAAGUCCUCAUCAAUCCUGGGAUGCAGAACAGCUCCAUCAUUGUGAGGAACGUUUCAGAGGAGGACGGAGGAUGUUUUCUCUGUUUGUUCAGCACAUACUCUCAAGGGACUCUGAAAGGAAGAACGUGCCUCCAAGUCUACGAGCUGCAUCCGCCGGUGCUGCACGUCAGAGCUUCAGACUCAGAGUCCGUGGUGAUCUGCUCGGCCACAGGCAGACCUGCUCCCACCCUCACUCUGACGGUGGGACAACAACACCUCAACUCCUCCCACAACCACACCGUCAACCACAACAACACCAUCACCGUCACCGCAGCAGCUGUGCUGUCAGGUCUGGGCUCCAACAGCACUCGGGUUGGAUGUUCAGCUGCAGUCUUCUCUGGUCCUCAGUUGAAGGCGUCUCUGCUCCUUCAUGGUCUGGAUGUGGAACCCGGAUCUGUUCACAGCCGUGGCAGACUGGGUCUAAUAUGGACAGGAGGUGUGGUGGGAACAGGUGUAAUCUCUGCCCUGAUCUUCUACAUGUGGAGACGUCGUUCACAGAAAAGAACUGAACGACCUUCAAAGACAGAAGAAGAGCAAACAAUCAAGACUGUAAUUUUAAUAAGUCAUUUCAGAAAUUGUGUUUUUUAUUGAUGGGUGUUGGAAUUAUUUCAAUGAUCAAAACUACACUGUUCUGAGACAUGCACUACUUGGUUUUUAACUGAUACUGAACAGAAACUCUGUGCCAUGUUGCUGUCAGUAUCAUAUAAAAACACGGAUUGUUGUGGGUUUGAGCAGCUCAGAUUCACGAGUGAAGCAGCUGCACAGCAGCUAAUGAAGCCUCAAUGCUGUCGGCAAAGUGGGCCAAAAUUCUGCAGAACCUUCCAGCAAUAGAUUCUAGUUUAGCGACCUGAUGGGUCAGAGGGACGAGUACAAAUAUGAGUGAAAUAUUUGUUACAAAAAUCAGACAAUGUUGACUGUUCCCUUUUUAUAACAAAUAUUUCUGAUGUAACAAAAUAAAAGCAAUAUGAAUUUGCUUGGUAAUAAGCAUACAAUAAACAUACAAUUGAAGUGUUUAACAUUGGGAUACUUAAAUCAAAUGAGUUUUUCGAUUUAAGGUACGUAAGAGAUGUUACUCUUAAAACAAAAAGUGUUCCGGUACAAUAUCGCCGUAGGUAUUGUAUCGCCAGACUGUUAGAUACACACCCCUAAUGUUUAGGGUUGUUAUGAAGUUUACUGAAUGAAGCUUAUCUGUUUAAGUUAUUUGAAAAUGGAUAUGUAAAUAAACAUGUAAAUAAAAAG